CGCUCCCGCUCGGCUGCAUUUUCCGGCCCCACCCGUUCUGUGCUGGGUCCUCGACCCUGGGCCGGAGGCGGCGCCCUCGAAGUGUGGCGGGACGGCCGGUCGCCGGGUCAGGGAGCGCGCUCGUUCAGGACCGGGAGGCUCAAGCACCCCAGCGCACCGGUCGGCUCUCCGCCGCCCCCGUGGUGCAGCGAGGGGCGGUGCCCGCCGUGGCCACAUCCCCAGCCCCGACUUGGCUCCGGCUGUCCGGGGUCUCGCAGAAGCCGUAGAGGUGUGCUUGGCGCCUGAGAGCUAGACGAAGUCUUCAGUUCCCGGAGGAGCCGAAGGUCUUUUGUGGACCUACGUGGGGAAAGAAGAGCUGGCUGUGACCUCUGCCCUGUCCUGAAGGCUCCGGCCUUGGGCUAAAUGGCAGCACCCCCGCUGGGCCGUCUGGUGCUGACCCACGUGCUGGUAGCCCUCUUUGGCAUGGGCUCAUGGGCUGCCAUCAACGGGAUCUGGGUGGAGCUGCCUGUGGUGGUGAAAGACCUCCCCGAGGGUUGGAGUCUCCCCUCCUACCUCUCUGUGCUUGUGGCACUGGGGAACCUGGGUCUACUGGUGGUGACCCUGUGGAGGCGGCUGGCCCCGGGCAAGGGCGAGAGGGCCCCCAUCCAAGUGGUGCAGGCGCUGAGUGUGGUGGGCACAGCCCUGCUGGCCCCCCUGUGGCCCCACGUGGCAGCAGUGGCGGGGCAGGAGUACUCAGUGGCCUUCCUGACUCUCUCCUUCGUGCUGGCGCUGGCCUGUUGUGCUUCGAAUGUCACGUUCCUGCCCUUCCUGAGCCGCUUGCCGCCUUCCUUCCUGCGGUCCUUCUUCCUGGGUCAGGGCCUCAGCGCCCUGCUGCCCUGUGUGCUGGCCCUAGUGCAGGGUGUGGGUCGCCUCGAGUGCCCACCAACCCCCACCAAUGGCACUCCUGGGCCCCCCAUUGACUUCCCAGAGCGUUUUCCUGCCAGCACUUUUUUUGGGGUAUUGUCCGCUCUAUUAGUCGUUUCAGCUGCCGCUUUUCAGGGUCUCCUGGUGCUGUUGCCAUCACCACCGCCUGUACCCACAGGAGGCCCAGGGCCUGGCCUGCAGGCGGGAGCCCCUGGAGUGGAGGAAGAGGAAGAGGCCUCACCCCUGCAGGAGUCUCCCAGCAAGGCGGCAGGCACCACCUGCAGCCCAGAACCUGCGGCCCAUCGGCUGCUCUCCACCCGUAGUGUCUGCCUGCUGGGCCUGCUGGCCGUCACCAAUGCUCUGACCAAUGGCGUGUUGCCUGCUGUGCAGAGCUAUUCCUGCUUGCCCUAUGGGCGCCCAGCCUACCACUUGGCUGUGGUGCUGGGCAGUGCCGCCAACCCCCUCGCCUGCUUCCUGGCCAUGGGUAUUCUAUGCAGGUCCCUGGCAGGGCUGGGCAGUCUCUCCCUGCUGGGCAUGCUCUUUGGGGCCUACCUGAUGGCGCUGGCAAUCCUGAGCCCCUGCCCACCUCUGGUGGGCACCUCUGCAGGCGUGGUCCUUGUGCCUGCUACUGUGUCCACCUUCCCAGGUGGUGUCGUGGGUUCUGUGUCUCGGCGUGUUCUCAUACGUGAAGGUGGCUUCCAGCUCCCUGCUGCAUGGGGGGGGCCAGCAGUCGUUGCUGGCAGCUGGCGUGGCCAUCCAGGUGGGCUCUCUGCUCGGCGCCGUGGCCAUGUUCCCUCCCACCAGCAUCUACCAUGUGUUCCGCAGCGGGAAGGACUGUGUGGACCCUUGUGGCCCCUGAGCCUGAGCAGGUGGGGACUCCGCUCCACUCCACUUGUCUUCAGGUUGGGGUUGCCACAGUGCCUGCGUGCCCCCAGCCCAGGGAGGCCCACCCUACAAGCAGCCUGCUCACGGAUGCCUGCGUACUCCACGGGAGAACCUGGCACUGCAGGCCAGGGUUGGGACCACAGAGCAGGCUUGGAGCCAGGGCCCAGCUGGGGAUGUGGAUUUGGCCCAGGCCCAGGACGUGUGUGGGAUUUGUACAAUAAAGUGUGUUCAUUUCAUCAGUUGGAGCUAACCCUAGGAACAACUCUUGCUGUGUAGAUAGACCUCCCCUGAGCUAGAGCAGUAGCCUGACCUGUUCAACAGGGGCCUGUCCCACUCCCUGGGGCACUCAUAGGUCCUGGAGGUCAUAGAACCUCCUCCUAAACACAGAUACACAUAGAGAACUGCCCAGAGGGAGGGUGAAGGCCAGCCCCCAGGGCCUGGAGUGUAGGCCAAGGACCCACACAGGCUACGGCAGUCAGAGGCUGUCUGGUGGGCCGAGCCAGCCAGGCACGAGGGUCAGGCCGCAUGGGCUGCCUCAUAGUCGCUGCCUUCGUGGCCUGGGUGUGGCCCACUUACCCGCUGCUUUAUGGGAGGAUCCUACUGGGGGAUUUGUGCCCGGGGCUUGUUGCCAGGUCCUGGCACAGAAAGAGCUCAGCGAGUGGGACUUAGAAGAGACCAAGGUGUGAGGGUCCAGCCGAUCUUGGGAUUCUUCUGCCCAAGGACGUGGUCCCCUCCCCCAAACCACCAGCCUCGUUUGUAGCUCCUGUGAUCAAACCUGCAAAGGCCCCAAACCCUUUAUUCACACAGACGCGACAGUGGCUGCCUUCUCCCUGGGCUGCUGGCAGAUGGCCCUGGCUCUGAGCAGCCCACGCUCUGUCCCCACCCUGGGACAGCAGUCCAGGCCUUUGCUUGUUGGUGUCUGCAGGGAGCUCAGCACCAAACACAGGCUGUCCUGCACCGGGGGCUCCCACACACAGGACUGGUGGGGACUGGAGUGCGCCCUGAGCCAGGAGGGCCGGGACGAUCUGAGGGGAUUCACGCGGGGCUGCCGCAGGGCCGGGGCCUGGGCUUCUGCCGCCUCCUGGGCAGGUGGGGAGCAGAGGCCUGGGGGGGGGAACACAGGCUCCCCGGGGGGCAGGACACCUGAGCCGCGAGCCAGCGUGACUGGCGUGGUACUGAGCACCCAUUCUCACAGACAAGGGGCCCUGCAGCUGCCAGGGGCCGGGCGUGGGCUCCGGGGGAGCGGCUCCUGCCCUGCUGGCCAGCCCUCUCCGGAUGCCGUUUCUAAGCUGCUGAAGCCGCCUGUCCUUGACUUGGGCU